GCCUAAGUGAAGCAGUCAGCUCUUUUGUGUCAGAGCUGGUUUGUUGGUGGCAGGUCUUGCUGGGGGGUUUCCAAUGCCAAGCUCUGGUUGGUUUCAGUAAUUUUUUUUAUUUUUUUUUGGAUGGUUACGUUGACACUGCAGCAUGUGGCGGCUUAAAAACAUUUUAUUAUGGAACUUGGUGGCUGCAGUAAUUGUUUUAGGUCAAGCAUGGCCAAAUGCGAAGCUCUCUUCACAGUCAAGCAGUGGUAUAAAGGCAGACUGUUUAGGAAAUCUAAUGAGGCUGUCAAUGGACGAGGCUCUAGCAGUGGGGAACCAGCUUGUAGUGGAAGCCAUCAAUGGCACCCAGCGUGUCUUGUUGACACCCAGCCUGGCUGCUCAGUGUGGGUACAGCAUGGAGUCUGACCCCUGGGGUAACACAAGAGUCUACACAUCUCUGAUGGGCUGCUUUGUGGACAACAAGGACGAUGCAACAUUUAAAAUUGGCUUGAAACUCCAAAUGUACAGCCAGAGGCCAUCAGAUGUGGUAACUCAUGAUGUGAGUCAGACGUGCAGCUACACUCGCUGGGCCCCUAAAGAGGUUCUCUGUGACAGGAACUACAUGGAAGUGUCAAACUACUUGAUGAAAUCUAAUCCACAAACUAAGCGGCCGGCUCAGGAUCAAAACGUUGACUCCAAUCUGCUUGAGGACUCUGGUGCAUCACAUGGUAUCUGGAAGAUGACAUUUUUCACCCCUGAACCAGUGGUAAUGGUGCCGAGGGAGGCUGAACAAGCUGGCUACAGUGCAAUGACUACCUCAACCAGAUUGAUUAUGCGAAGCCCUUACAAUACACCAGAGACCUUCUCGGAGGAUGUGGCUGGAAUCCCCAUGGAAGUCUUCAAGGUGAGCGUCUACAACAAGGCAGAAAGUGGUCUGGGUAUCGUGAACUUGGCAGCAGCUUGUCCCACAGGGGGCGUCCUCUUCACUGAGAGUGUGAUCUCUUGGUACAUCCCUCGCCGCAUGACCCCUCUGAUGGACGGCACAUUCAGAAUUGUAGAGAUGCACAUGGGCAUCAAUGGGCAGAGGCUGGAUAGGUCUCAGAUGGCUGCGAGAGGGUACACACUAUCCACCACAGACUUUCACAUUGUUGCCGAGAUCCCAGUGGGCUCACCCGACGGUUACUACAAGAGUCAUGCCCCAGAAUACCAGUACCAUGUCACCUACACUGUGGAGCCGAUGCUCGAGGUACUCUGGAGGGCAGAUGGGACCCAAAAUGAUAUAAAAUACAAGGUUUUGUUCCCCAUUACAACACCUCUGAUGCCCAGACCUCCCCAUGCGGAAGAUUAUACUGUUCCAGAGGACGGUUUGUUUAGCGUCAGGUUGGGGAGCUUCCUUCAUGAUGUGGAGCUGAAGAACAUCACCUUCUUUACUGGUGUUCUCACUGUGGAGGAGAGCAAUGCCAGAGGGCUCAUUGUCCAGGAGCACAUCUACACCAAUGGCACCAAGGGCUUCUCUUUACAAGUGGCCUUCGAUGCCGAUGUCGUCCUGAAGACUAAUCCUGAACCCUUGGUUACAACCUACUCUCUUCCUUUGACCUUUGGGCUGCUCAUCCUGCCUGAGGGAACUUCCUUUGCUCAUGAGGUGACACUGCAGGCGUCUCUGCAGGAUGUUGUGCUGCCUGCACUUACUGGCACCUGUGAUCAGAAGCACUUUUACGUCAGGGUGAAAUAUGGCAGUCAAGGCCGUAAUUUUGAGACCACGGUUGGAACUCGACAGCUAACCCCUGAACUGGCUAAAGCCUACAAGCUGCAGGAAAACCGCACACACUUGCACCUCAGAGUGCCCUACACUGCCCAAGACUCAAACUUUGAGCUCGUUUCCUCAGUUUCCAUCCAAGCCAGACUUGACAUCGUGCUCUGGGAACCAAACAAUCAGUGGGUGCUUGGUGACCUCUCCCUGGCCUGCAGCUUCCCCUUGAUGACGACUAAAUGCUAUCCCAAUGGAACAAUAACAGCAGUGGCUGUGAAGCUGGAAUCUGUGCCCAGUCUCGUCCCAAGUCAGCUAACUUUGAAGGACCGGUCUUGUAGACCAGUUUUCAGCGACGAUCGCUUUGCCCACUUUUCUUUCUCUGCAGAUUCAUGUGGAACAAGUAGAACAUUCUUUGACAACUACAUGCUUGAUCAAAAUGAGAUCAGCCUGUAUCACAAGGUAACAGCAAAAACAUCACCUGCUGAACCUGAGUACAGGCAAACCAUCUACUGCUACUACAUGGUCAACAAAACACAAACUGUUGCAUUUAGCCACAAACCAAGGGGCUAUGAUCCUAGAGCAGAAAUUGGGACAGGGCUGCUAAUGGUGCAAAUGAGGCUAGCCCGGGAUGCUGCUUAUGAGCAGUUUUACCAAGCUCAAGAUUAUCCACUGGAGAAAUACCUGAGAGACCCCCUGUUUUUUGAGGUGGUGCUGAUGCAGUCAACAGACCCCCAGUUGGAGCUCAUCGUGGAGAACUGCUGGGCUACUCGUCAAGAAGACAGGACAUCUGUACCCCGCUGGGACAUCAUUGUGAACAGUUGUGAGAAUCGCGAUGACACCCAUGUGACAGUCUUCCACCCAGUUAUGGAUAAUGUUGCCAUGCCAUCCCACGUCAAACGCUUCUCUAUGAGGAUGUUCACCUUCACCAAUGACAAUGAAGUUCUGAGAGAUCAGAUCUAUGUGCACUGUGAUGCAGUGAUUUGUAAUACAAAUGGCCCACCAGAUGGCAUCUGCAGAGGCCAGUGUGUGCAUCCCACAGGCACAAAGGGCACUAAAUUUCAAGGGCUGAAAGGUGCUAAAAGGGAGCAAAGAAGUACAGAGUCAGCUCACCAAUGGCAGCUCUCCUCUGGACCCAUCCUACUUUCAAAUUGAUAUUUCAAUAAAAAAAUCUUAAGCUA